AUGUUCGAGGACGAACCCCACACUGAGGGGGCGGCGGUGGUCGCCGCGGCCGGGGAGGCGCUGCAGGCCCUGUGCCAGGAGCUGAACCUGGACGAGGGGAGCGCGGCCGAAGCCCUGGACAACUUCACCGCCAUCCGGGGCAACUACAGCCUAGAGGGAGAAGUUAUACACUGGUUGGCAUGUUCAUUAUAUGUUGCAUGCCGCAAAAGCAUUAUUCCCACAGUUGGAAAGGGUAUCAUGGAAGGAAACUGUGUUUCACUUACCAGAAUACUGCGUUCAGCUAAAUUAAGUUUAAUACAGUUUUUUAGUAAAAUGAAGAAAUGGAUGGACAUGUCAAACCUGCCACAAGAAUUCCGUGAACGUAUAGAAAGGCUAGAGAGAAAUUUUGAGGUGUCGACUGUAAUUUUCAAAAAAUUUGAGCCAAUUUUUUUAGAUAUAUUUCAAAAUCCAUAUGAAGAACCACCAAAGUUACCACGAAGCAGGAAGCAGAGAAGGAUUCCUUGUAGUGUAAAGGAUCUCUUUAAUUUCUGUUGGACACUCUUUGUUUAUACUAAGGGUAAUUUUCGUAUGAUUGGGGAUGAUUUAGUAAACUCUUAUCAUUUACUUCUGUGCUGCUUGGAUCUGAUUUUUGCCAAUGCCAUUAUGUGCCCAAAUAGACAAGACUUGCUAAAUCCAUCAUUUAAAGGUUUACCAUCUGAUUUCCAUACUGCUGACUUUAGGGCUUCUGAAGAGCCUCCCUGCAUAAUUGCUGUACUGUGCGAACUGCAUGACGGACUUCUAGUAGAAGCAAAAGGAAUAAAGGAGCACUACUUUAAGCCAUAUAUUUCAAAACUUUUUGAUAGGAAGCAGAUUAAAAUUAAUUCUCUUUGCAGCAAAGCAGUGAACAAAGAGUAUGAAGAGUAUGUUUUAACUGUUGGUGAUUUUGAUGAGAGGAUCUUUUUGGGAGCAGAUGCAGAAGAAGAAAUUGGAACCCCUCGAAAGUUCACUGGUGAUACACCAUUAGGGAAACUAACAGCACAGGCUAAUGUGGAGUAUAACCUUCAACAACACUUUGAAAAAAGGCUUCAGUGAGCUAUGAUCGCACCACUGCACUCUAGCCUGGGUGACAGAGUUCCUCUUGUAUUUUGUAGAUCUUGUAUACGUAAUCCAGUGGAAAACAUCAUGAAAAUAGUGAAAGGAAUAGGAGAGACUUUCUGCCAACACUAUACUCAAUCAACAGAUGAACAGCCAGGAUCUCACAUAGACUUUGCUGUAAACAGACUAAAGCUGGCAGAAAUUUUGUAUUAUAAAAUAUUAGAGACUGUAAUGGUUCAGGAAACACGAAGACUUCAUGGAAUGGACAUGUCAGUUCUUUUAGAGCAAGAUGUAUUUCAUCGUUCCUUGAUGGCUUGUUGUUUGGAAAUUGUGCUCUUUGCCUACAGCUCACCUCGUACAUUUCCUUGGAUUAUUGAAGUUCUCAAUUUGCAACCAUUUUACUUUUAUAAGGUUAUUGAGGUGGUCAUUCGCUCAGAGGACGGUCUCUCAAGGGACAUGGUGAAACACCUGAACAGCAUUGAAGAACAGAUUUUGGAGAAUUUAGCAUGGAGUCAUGAUUCUGCACUAUGGGAGGCCCUCCAGGCUUCUGCAAACAAAGUUCCUACUUGUGAAGAAGUGAAACUCUUGGUUGUACUUUCAGGUGUUUCAAAUGAUGCUGGAGAGAUCACACUGAUACCUAUCUCCAUGAAUACAACUCAGGAGUCCAAAGUCAAGAGUCCUGUAUCACUUACUGCUCAGUCAUUGAUUGGUGCUUCUCCAAAACAGACCCAUCUGACUAAAGCACAAGAGGUACAUCCAACUGGAAUAAGCAAGCCAAAGAGAACUGGGUCCUUAGCACUGUUUUACAGAAAGGUAUAUCAUUUGGCAAGCGUACGCUUACGUGAUCUAUGUUUAAAACUGGAUGUUUCAAAUGAGUUACGAAGGAAGAUAUGGACAUGCUUUGAAUUCACUUUAGUUCACUGCCCUGACCUAAUGAAAGACAGGCAUUUGGACCAGCUCCUACUUUGUGCCUUUUAUAUCAUGGCAAAGGUAUACAGAAGUGUUCUGUUGAGAAGUAUCCCAAGAGAAGUUGUAGCAUAUAAUAAAAACAUAAAUGGUGAUUUUGAAAUGAUAGAUUGUGUCUUGGAAGAUGCUACAAAAACACCUGACUGUUCCAGUGGACCAGUGAAAGAGGAAAGAGGUGAUCUUAUCAAAUUUUACAAUACGAUAUAUGUAGGAAGAGUGAAGUCAUUUGCAUUGAAAUACGACUUGUCAAAUCAGGACCAUGUGAUGGAUGCUCCACCACUCUCUCCUUUUCCACACAUUAAGCAACAGCCAGGCUCACCACGCCGCAUUUCCCAACAACACUCCAUUUAUGUUUCCCCGCACAAGAAUGGGUCAGGCCUUACACCAAGAAGCGCUCUGCUGUACAAGUUCAAUGGCAGCCCUUCUAAGAGUUUGAAAGAUAUCAACAACAUGAUAAGGCAAGGUGAGCAGAGAACCAAGAAGCGAGCAAUAGCCAUCGAUAGUGAUGCAGAAUCACCUGCCAAACGCCUCUGCCAAGAAAAUGAUGACGUUUUACUUAAACGACUACAGGAUGUUGUCAGUGAAAGAGCAAAUCAUUAA